AUUGGUAAGAUUCCGGUCUGUAAAAAUUAUAAAUUUUGGUAUUUUAUAUAUACAUGAAAUUCCGUCACGGCGAGGGCUUGUAACCCAGAAUGUACUGACAGUUUUCACACAAGAUACUUCCAUUCGGUCGUGCCUCUGCAACGAGUUCGAUCCAGAUUUUAGAUCUGGGCGCCCUGCAUACGCUCCUCCGUUCUUGUUGUCAAAUGGAUCUUCUUCUCUCAAACUUCAUCUCAAGUUUCCCUUCGUUCAAAUACCCCACCCAACAUCCUCACUCUCUCUUCAAAACACCCAACUUCCCUCUCCAUAGAUCUCAUGUCGUUGGAUCAUUAUCCAAUCCUCACUGACAGACGUUUUCAACACUCAGACAGGCAGUCUUACCAGUUACAUGAUUUAGCUCCUCCUCAGUGGAACUAUCACUCCUCCAGAUCUCAAAAUGAAAUCCCUCCUGAUUAUUCCUCAAAUCCUUCAACUUGGAACGUGAACCUCCUCAAUAAUUGGUCAAAUGAUGUCCUGCCUUCCUCAUCAUCAUCAUACGGUCUCAAUCUCCGCCAUCCCGGUUCCGGUCACACUCCCUAUCCACAAUCCGUUUACACCGAACACUCCCAACGUCAUUUACAAUCUUCAUCUUCAUCCGGAUCAUCCUUUGAACGCCAACCAAUCCAACACCGCUCUCCAUCAGCAGCUUCUUCCUUCAAAUUCGACGAUUCUUCAUGGGGCCCAACUCUCUACACAAUGGAUGACAGAAGUACUCCAUCGCAUUCCAUACCACCCACCGUCAUCAGCACAUCUCCCUCAGCACGUGCUUCGUCCAGAGCUUCAUCAUCUAGGUCUCCUCCCGUGAAGCUCGAACAAGAUGAAGUUUCAAGCGCCGAUUGCUUUGUCAUGGAAUUCGCUACCUCUGUCCCAGCUGCACAGGACAGUGCCUCGUUGGCUCCCCCAACAGAAGUACCCUUGCGCGCAACUCAAGCAAGCAAGGCAAUGCGCAAAAUGAUGGGCGUGUUUCGCCUCAAUCCAUUCUCAAUGCACGAGGGUGGUGGUCAGGCAAUGAGCACCUGGAUGGGCGAGGAUGCAGGUCCAUUGGACGAAGAACCUCAGGUUUUCGAGUUUCAACUCGACGUUGGCUACCGUGACUCUGAUGAGGAGCUCGACGAACAACAUCCUUCCCAUCUUCAGACUCUCGUCGAGGUCCCAGAACCCGGCCCAGAUGAAAACACGAGGUGGGCGGAGGGUGACGACUCUGACCUCUCAUACCCCUCACAUAACAGCUGGGCUACCAACGACCAUUCAUACACUUUGCCAUCCCUUAGGUCAUAUCCUCACUCCCCUUCACUCUCUUCUGCUUCGUCACGUAAAACGCCCCUGGAUAUGUCAGCAUCAGAGUAUUCUGGCACAUAUACACUCCAUGGCUCUGGCAGCUGCGGUUCUUCCACGGAUAACCUUCCGUCACUCUCGUCCAUGGCGCGACGUUGGUCCAUUCCCGCCAAUCUACAGGCACCAUUCAUGAUAUAAAGUACACUCACGUCGCAUUACCAUCACGAUUAAUCAAAGCGCCGAAGCGCUCAAGUUUUGGGUAACAUUUUCAAUCACUGUCGCAGCCUUCGCGCACUUUCUCGAUGGCCGAUCUAUCGCAUCUCAAGGUUGCCAGGGUGGUUGAACCCUGCUUGUUUUACUUUGCUCCUCACGUCGUUUUACUUUACACUGUCGCAUUUUCUUGUUCUUGAUCAUCCUUAUUGUCUUGGGUCGUUCUUCGCUCACGGACAGAACUUCAAAUCAAAUUUCUGGCAGGUUGGAACGCAUGUAAUAUACUCUGCAAAAUCAUACGAUACCUAUGAUAUGAUACACAAUUAUUGUUCAUCUUGUUCUGAUCGCACACCGUAAUUCAAUUGGUACUUGUCGUCCA